AUGCAAGACAUGCAAGACAUUGACUUUGCAAACUUCCUCGACAUCGGCGACAUAGGUGAUAUUGGUGACCUCGAUGUGGCCGACUUCUCCUCGCUCGACGGACCAGACGCUCGAGUGCUGGGCUCAAAUGGCCCUCUUCACGACUUUGGCACCGACGCCUUUGGCCUCCCGACACAAUUGGACGUGCAAAACUUUGCCCAGAACCCGCAAUGGGGACAGCAGCAGGUACCGCAGAACACAUACCGUGCGCCAAACAUCGUCCCGCCGACGCCAAACAGCUACGACCUGCAAGGCAAUGCGCGUCAUUACAUGGCCCAGCACAUGGACUCGGGCGCCGGCCCUUUCUUCGACCAACACCGCCUCUUAACAAAGGACGACAACAUGGCAUUCACCCCUCUAGUCUCGCCAGCCGUCACCCCGCGAGACUCGACCUUUCAUCCCAUGCACGAGUACACUGCUCCCGGCGCCUACUUCAGUCCACUGACCUCCCCGGCCAUACAUGCGCAGCAGCAGAACCGCAACCAUGCCCAUGGCCACUAUACCAAUCCGACGACGGCCGACAACUCGGCUGCCGCUUCGCCGCUCGACCUCAACAUGGACAUGGACUCGUUGAAAGACGCGACAGACGCUGCUCCGCGUAGAAGCAGGCGGAAGCCCCAGAUGCCGCAUUCAGCAGGCCCUGCUGCCCGCGUGCGACAAUCUCCCAUCGUCAAGGCCCAGAGACGUCGCUCGGCUCAUCUCUCAACCAUCAUCCCUCCACACCAAGUCAACAAUGUCUUGAUGGAAGCCCAGAACCGAAGUCAGGCACAGGACUCGCGCACCCCUUCGGUCGAGUACAUGCCGCCGUAUCACGAGGAGUCAAGUGCCGAAUCCAUCUCACCUGAGGCCUUGCCCGAUUCGGUCAUGGGCCCUCCACCUCUGCCUCCCUCGGUCUUUCAUUCCCCUGCCUUGCAACCUCAGAACCACUCUGCUCCUCCUUCGACUGCAAUUCACUCGCACUCGGGAUCGAUGGCUUCUUGCCCCGCCACCCCUGCCUCGUUGAUGUCUAUCCGCAAGAAGCAGCAGAACAUCGAUCGUUCUGUUGGACCUCAUCCGGGCUCGGGACAAUUCCAAGUGCAAUCCCAGGACCAGCUGAACAUGCUCGAAGACCUUGCGCUGCCUCCCUCUGUCGCCGAACCUGCCCGGCCAGCUUUGAAUAGAAUCGACACGACAUUAUCUAACGAAACUACUCCUCGUUUGGCCCCCGCUAUAAAAAACAAGCCAAGACUGGCUCCAUCAAGUUCUACCACAGCAAGUCCCAUCAUCGGCGCUACACAAUCGCCUGCCUUCGGACCGAUAAACGCUAAACUGGAUCAAAAACGAUCGCAGCCUUCAAAGAAGCGCGGCAGUGUCGGUACGACGUCUGCGCUUGUCAGUCCGGCCAUCCGACCAAAAAUCAGCCCCAGCAUCAAGCCUUUGCUUCCCGAAGGAGGUCUUAGUGAAGCUCAACAAGCCAUUCUCCUGGCAUCAAAGUCAAACUACACCCACCUGCUCGAAGGCACUCGCCUCCCUGGCGUCUCAUAUCCUGAUUCUCUAUCUCAAGGCUUGACCUCGAAACGCACCUCACACAAGCUGGCCGAGCAGGGCCGACGCAACAGAAUCAAUGAAGCCAUCAAAGAGAUGCAAACACUGCUUCCCAAAACAAAGGGCAAGGGCAAGACAGAAGAAAUUGCCGAGGAAGAGGAGGAAGCUAACGCCAAGGAUGACAAGGGCAACAGCACUGCAGAGGGCAGAAGUGCAAACUCAAAAGCUGCUACUGUGGAAAGCGCCAUCAAUUACAUCAAACUACUACAACAAGAGAAGACCAUGGCUUUCGAGAUGCUCAAGAAGAGAGAUGAAGAAAUGGCCGCGCUGAGAAAGCAGCUGCAAGCUGCUGACAUUACCACAGCCGUCAGUGACUCGGCUAAUGAGUCAGUCGUUGCAAGCAGCGGCGAAGAAAACAACGCUGAGACCGAGAAGAUGGAAGGCGUCAGUGCUACGCCAUGA